AUGGUUUUGCAUGCCGGAGCCGAGACCAGGGUGUGCGGCACGGCACCACCUCCAGGCCUCCGUCCACGUGGCGUCUCCUCACUAAGCCCUACUUGCCCGGUCAGAACGGAGAGUCGUUGGGGCUUUGAGUUGUGGCGUGGGCGGGCGGGCGGGCGGGCGUCUUUGAUCUCGGGCGUAAUUGCCGGCCCCGGUGCACGAGUUUGCCCUCUAGAAGGAGGUGGCGGGGUUCGCGACUGCGCACCACCACAGCCGCCACCGCCGCCCCCCGUCCUGUGCUCGCGCGCGGAGAGCUCGCUGCUGCGCCGCACCAAGAGCCAGCGGAACACCUCAAAGCUUGCGAGCGGGCGGGUGGACAUACGGACGGCCGGACACCAGCGAUUGCGUCGACGGAAGAAGCAAUCGACUGGCCUCGCUCAAUCCACGCUGCAGUUCUUCUGCUGCAUUCUGAUCCGACGAGUUGGUGAAAUCUCGGAAGGACAAUGCUCCUGCCCACCGCCCCCUCGAGUACGUCCACAGACCGCGCCUGCCAAGGUCCUGCCUUCGCUUCCAAUGUCACCAUCAGACGCACUGGGCUGCCGCUCAGUGCACACGCGGAUGAUGACUUCGGCCACCAGUGCUCCUCGUUGCAGAACCUACAACCAGGUGGCGUACCAGGCCCGAUUCCUGUCAAAACUGACGCCCGUCAACUGCACACCUGCUCGUCGUGGUGCAGGAUGUGCUGGUGACGAUUGUGCAGUAGUUGCGACUAGCGAGAACACAUUGGAGGACGCGCGAUCGUGA